UAUUCUUAUAUAGAGGAAAAAGGAGAAAAGGCUGCUGUUUUAAAUCCCAAAGGUCAAAACCAGACCUCUCAUGGCGGCCAUGAACGAGUAGGAGAAAGAGCUCCUUUUUUGACCCGAUCUUGCUCUUUUGGCCUUUUUAGGGGUUUUUUCCUUUUCUUUUUUCAAAUCUCUAAUACAAAAACCCUUGUCAGCCCUUCCUAUCUCAACUCUCCUCCCGUUUCUUCCACCUCAGACUCCCCUCGAUUCGAAGAAAAAGGUACAGAAACGCUAUCGCUUCUGCUCCUUAUGCCCGUUUUCGAGAUUUGAAGUCUCGUUUUCGAAGAUUCUGUUGAAGAACCUCAGAUCUAGAAGAGAAUGGCGAGUAGGUGGAGCAAAGCAAAGGUUGCUCUGGGUUUAAAUCUCUGCGUCUACGUUCCUAGAUCUCACGACGACGCGUCGCCGUCCGUUGAUGUCGCCGCCAGGUUUUCCGACGUAUCUCUGGCUUCUGCGGCCACCGGCAACUCACAUUCCCGGCCGGCGAUGCCGACUACGCCGACUCCGUCGAGCUCUGGGCUCCGAUUGGCGAAGACGGGGAGCAGAUCCUCUAAGAGAACCUGUGCUAUAUGCUUGGGCUCCAUGAAACCUGGCAACGGUCAUGCUCUCUUCACAGCUGAAUGCUCUCACACCUUCCAUUUCCACUGCAUUGCAUCGAACGUGAAGCACGGCAACCAGAUCUGCCCUGUUUGCAGAGCCAAGUGGAAGGAAAUCCCUUUCCAAGGCCCCUCCUCCUCAGAUCUCAACCAUGGAAGAGCAAGAAUCAACCCAGUCGACUGGGCCCAAGAUGAUAACUUUAUGACUGUAUUGCGUCGGCUCCCUCCCCCUCGUGUGGAUACUAAUAGGCAGAUUGCAUCUUCUCUCUUCCCCACUUCUGAGCCAAGCAGUUUCAGUGACGAUGAGCCCUUGGAUCCUCAACCCCAGAAGCCGGAGAAGAGCUCUCCGGCCAUGGAGGUAGACACCAGCCGGACAAGAACAGUAGAAAUCAAAAUGUACCCAGAAUUCUCUGCUGUCCCAAGGUCUGCCUCCCAUGAGAACUUCGCCGUUCUGAUCCAUCUCAAAGCACCAUUCACUGCUCCUAGACAGAAUUCCAGUGCGACCCAAUCCAAUGUGGCUGUUGCUCGCCAGACCUCCCGUGCUCCUGUAGACCUUGUCACGGUGCUUGAUGUCAGCGGCAGCAUGGCAGGCACGAAGCUCGCCUUGCUGAAGCGGGCAAUGGGGUUUGUGAUUCAGAACCUCGGUCCCUCCGACCGUCUCUCAGUGAUUGCCUUCUCAUCAACUGCCCGCCGGCUCUUCCACCUCCGCCGUAUGUCAGACUCCGGCCGGCAGCAGGCACUGCAGGCUGUGAAUUCCCUGACGUCGAGCGGUGGGACAAACAUUGCGGAAGGCCUAAGGAAGGGCGCCAAGGUGAUGGAAGAUCGCAGGGAGAAGAACCCAGUCUGCAGCAUCAUAUUGCUAUCCGAUGGGCAGGACACGUAUACCGUCUCCGGCAGCGGUGCGGCCAGCAUACGGCCUGAUUACCAGUCCCUCCUCCCGUCGUCCAUCCGCGGCGGUGCUGGCUGUCAGAUUCCGGUCCAUGCCUUUGGGUUUGGGAUGGACCAUGACGCUGCAUCGAUGCACUCGAUCUCAGAGACAUCAGGCGGAACUUUCUCCUUCAUUGAGGCUGAGGGCGUCAUACAGGACGCAUUUGCACAGUGCAUCGGUGGGCUCCUCAGCGUGGUGGUGCAGGAGCUGCAUGUGGCGGUGGAGUCUGUGCACCCGCGCGCACCCAUCAGUUUGAUAAAAGCAGGCAACUACACCAGCUGUAUAUCGAGUGAUGGGCGCACCGGCUCUAUUGACGUUGGGGAUUUGUAUGCUGAUGAAGAGCGGGAUUUUCUAGUGUCUAUUAAUGUUCCCGCCAGUAAUGCAGGUGAGGCGGGAACAACGCUGGUGAAGGUGGGGUGUGCGUACAGAGAUCCUGUCUCGAAAGAGAGGGUGAAUUUGGACGGCCAGGAUGUCAGGAUCCAGAGGCCAGAAGUUGUCAGCGAACGGUCGGUGUCCAUUGAGGUGGACCGGCAGAGGAAUCGGCUCCAAGCUGCAGAGGCAAUGGCUGAAGCGCGGGCUGCAGCCGAGCGGGGCGAUCUGGCUACUGCUGUGACCAUCCUCGAGAGGCGGAGGAGAGCAUUGUCGGAGUCUGCAGCGGCUCGUGCUGGCGAUCAGCUCUGUGCGGCUCUCAACGCUGAGCUGAAGGAAAUGCAGGAGAGAAUGGCAACACGGCGUGUGUACGAGGCGUCGGGCCGGGCAUACGUGCUGUCGGGGCUGAGCUCGCACUCAUGGCAAAGGGCGACUGCACGUGGGGACUCGAUGGAAGGCACGAGCCUCAUGCAGGUAUACCAGACGCCGUCGAUGGCCGACAUGCUCGCACGGUCGCAGACGCUGGGGCCUGGCGGGCUGCCCCAUCCACCACCGGUCCGUCCGGCUCGGUCAUUUCCGGCUCAGCCGCAGCCAAGGUAAUAUGGAUAUUCAUGGAAAUAUUCUUAAAUCCCAAUUUUUAUAUUUCCACUCAGUGCCCUUUUUAUUUUCAUUUUUUUCUUUUGGGUGGGGGGUAAAAUGGAGAAAGAAAAAGAAGAGUUUUUACAUGGUGGGUAUUUUCCUGUCUUGUAAAUGAAAUAAGUUGGGAUUUUGGAGGUAGAUUUUGAGGGUUUUUUUUUUUCUUUUUUUCUUUUUUAAUUUUUU